AUGAGUACCAGAAAAAUAAAAGCAUAUUGCCAAAUUAUUUCAUGUGAAAAUAAUAGAGGAACCUAUGAUUUGAAUCAGCUUAUGUUUCGUGCUCCAUCGCAUGACCGUGAAUUACAUGAAAAAUGGGUUUUAUCAAUUGAAAAGCAUCAAAAGUUUGAUAACCGAAGCAACUCCAAUGUUUGCAUAAAGCAUUUUCAAGAAAUCGAUUUGGAAACUCGUGGUAGUAAGACCUAUCUGAAAAAGGAUGCAGUUCCUACCAUUUUCACUGAAAUAGUCGAGAGCCACAUCGAACCUGAUUGCAAUUCUCCUCAAUGCAUCGAUUGCACGAGUUCUCAAUCGAAAUUAUGUCAAAUACAAAAGGACCUUGAGGCUCUGAAAAUCAGUGACGACAUCCAAAUUCAAAAACAGACGAUAAAGAUUGAAUAUCUGCAAAAAUUAAUCAAAGAAAAAAACGCUGCUUUAGCAAUAAAUGCAAAGGAACUAUCUAAAGAACGAGCCAAAAAUCUGGACUUGGAGGCAAAGGUAUUAGAGCUCAAGAAGAAAAUUGUUGAAAAGCACUUCAACGGUGACGAAAUUGAGUACAAUAAG